GCCGGCCUUGUACUCGUGCUUGCCCUCGUCGCAACACAACAUGUCUUCAGAAUCAGCAACAUCGGCGUGGGUGACGCCGCCAACAAGGCCAGAGCUCAUCGAGAGCCUCGUCUCGGGCGUCGACCGCUACAACCCGUCCAACGUCAGCAUCCUCGAGGACUACCUCUACCACCAAAUCCGCAGCCAGGAAUACGACUGCCUCGCCAACCUCGCCAUCCUGAAACUAUACCAAUUCAACCCGGACCUGUACAACCCCGACGUCGUCAUCAACAUCCUCAUCAAAGCCCUCACCGCGUCCCCCUUCCCCGACUUCAACCUCUGCAUCUCCCUCCUCGACGACCGCCCCCAGACCGCCCACCUCGACGAGCCCGACCCCCUCCCCCAGCUCCUCCCCACGCUCACCACCCUCCACAGCCUCCUCCACCAAUGCCGCUUCCCCGCCUUCUGGACGCUCUACCACUCCGACGACCUCCAGCCCCUCAGGGAUAACUACACCGUCGAGGUCGUCGGCUUCGAGGACUCCGUGCGGGAGGUCGCCGUCAGGGCCGUCCGCUCCGCCUUUACUCGUAUCACAAGCAAGCGCGUCGCAAGCUAUCUCAAUCUUCCAGAAGGACCCGAGCUCGAGAGCUACGUCUCCAAGCUCGGCUGGACACUCGACUCUGCGUCCGGCGUCAUAUCGAUACCGCUCAACGCGGACAACAAGAUAGAGUCUACCGUCGUCCAAGAAAACAUCCAGCUUCCCCAGCUUGCAAAGAUUAUCAGUCAUACUGCCGCCACUGUAUAAUCACUGUCUGCUUGUGUUAUAUCCUGUGCUUCUAUGUAACCAUGCCAUUCUUCGGUGUCUUCGUGACGUAGGAUGUGAGAAGAAGAAACGAAAUGCCAUUACAAGUCGCCAGCUCUGCUGCCGAAGACAUCAUCAUCGAGGGUAUUGUUUUAUCCCUCCUUUACUCUGUCGUGGACCAGAACGCCGCCCCCGUGCCCCACACAGCCAUCACAAUCCCUAUACCCAGUAACGCCCCAUCGAACAACCCACACCUCCCUUGCAACGCAAUCUUCGCGGAAACCGGGCCAAUCACACACAACAGGAACGCCGAAAACGACCCGAGGAAUGCCAUCACCGAGCUGAACUGCGGCACCAGGAUCGACACGGUGACCGAGAGCAAGGUAAAGCAGACGCGCUCCAUCACCAUGAACGCGCGCCGGAGGAGCGCGUGCCGGGUGCUUUCUGACCGUGCGCUGCCUGAACUGGUGCUCGCCUUCAGCCCGUGGUCCUCCGGCGAGCUCGGGGGGAGCGUCGUUUCCAACCCGAGCAUGAUCUCGAGCGUAACGUUGAGC